AUGCCGAGAAAAUAUGUAAGGAAUCAUACAGUAGCCAGAGGGCAGUGGACUGAGGAAAAUUUAAUUCUGGCCAUGGCAAAAGUAAAAAAUGGUGAAAUAUCGAAAAACAAAGUUUCUAGACUUUAUGGAAUACCGAUUCGCACCUUGAGUAGGCGCCUCAAGACUGGUGAUACUAAAAAGACUGGACUAGGUCCUCAAGCGGAAGCGUCACCGGAUCAAUCGCUCUGUCGUGACCCUGGAUACAUCAAAAAUGGCGAUCGGAUGUCCACGCACCCCAUCACUUCUCGUCAGCACCAGCGGGGAUUUCGACUGGGGACGCAAAUGACGUACUACUGCGUCGAGGGGUACCAACUACGAGGAACGGAUUCCAUAUACUGCACUAGUGGAGGAAAAUGGACGGCGAAAAGGCCGUUGUGCGAAUCGACUCCCAAAUCGGACGUCGAGUCGUACUGUGACAACCCUGGUCCUCUCGCCAACGGUCAAGUCGUCAUGUCUCCGUCUCAAGGAAGUCGCCAGCCAGCCAUAACAGACGAAGGUUUUCGUCAAGGCACCCGUCUUCAGUUUUACUGCGAUCCAGGUCAUAACAUGAUCGGACAUGAUUCCGCAACAUGCGGAUCGGAUGGAAUGUGGUCGACCAGUUUUCCCUAUUGCGAGAAAGAUGAAGAUGAAAAUGAAAUAUUUUGCCGGGAUCCCGGUACCAUUUCAAACGGCAGAGUGUCGGUGUUUACUCCGAAAGGCAAGGAAGGGAGGCUGUCUGACAAAUACACACAAGGAACCAUCUUAGAAUACGAGUGCCAAAGUGGGUACCAGAUUACUGGAUCCUUUUCAAUCUCCUGCGAAAGCAAUGGAUUCUGGUCCGGCGUCACUCCCUCGUGCGUAGAAGAAACUCAGACAGAAAAAGAAAGGUGCGGUUUGAGAAAUAAUGUUUACACCAGGGCCGCGGAGUCGAACUGGUUUUGGGGUAAUAUAGUCUGA